AUGGUCUGUGGGCAUGGUGGAGAUUUAGAGGCCAAGCUUAAAAGUAUUUGCUGUACAUGCAUUUCAGCAAACUCACAAUGUAAAGUCAGCCUUCUUAGAGUUCACAUAAGCUUUGUUAGUGAGGUAGUGACAGGGUUGCUGUUAGAAGCAGCCUCAGCUGUGGGAGCUGCUCCUGGACUGCAGCUUGUUGUGGCACUGCUGGGAGAACUUACCAGCCUUUGCUGUUCCGUUGCCAGUGCACAGUCCCGCCAACAGCAGCAUACUGCAGACAACUACUGCACCUAUUGUACACAGGCACGAGGCCAUGGCGGCUAUGAUUCUGAUUUUAGUGACGAGGAGAAUGGAGAGAAGUCUGUGCAAAAGACUAAAAGUACGAAAGAAGAUAGCCUUCUGGUAAAGCCAUUCCAAAAACCAAAACAGGUCAAGGUUGCUCACAGGCAAUUUGCUGCUGAAGAAUGGGACAGAGAAGAAGCAAGGAAGAGAAGAUUUCACCUGAUAUCGAUGGAUGCAUAUUCAAGACAUAGAAAGUUAGUGAAUGACUACAUUUUGUACUAUGGUGGGAAAAUGGAGGAUUUCCGACGUUCUGGCGAGAAUGACAAGACGGAUCUCGAUGUUAUAAGAGAAAACCAUAGAUUCCUGUGGAGAGAAGAUGAUGAAGCAGACAUGAAUUGGGAGAAGAGGCUUGCAAAGAAGUAUUAUGAUAAAUUAUUCAAAGAAUACUGUAUAGCAGAUCUCAGCAGAUACAAAGAGAACAAGUUUGGAUUUAGAUGGAGACAUGAGAAGGAAGUAAUUUCAGGAAAAGGUCAGUUUUCUUGUGGAAAUAAACACUGUGAUGGGGAAGAAGGCCUGAAAAGCUGGGAGGUGAAUUUUGGUUACGUUGAACAUGGUGAAAAGAGGAAUGCACUUGUGAAAUUGAGACUAUGUCCAGAAUGUUCUUACAAACUAAACUUUCAUCACAGGAGGAAAGAAGUCAAAGCAAGCAAGAAAAGAGGUACAGCUGUACGGAACUCUAAACAACCAAAAAUGAAGAAGGCAAAAUUGUCUCAUUCAAGAAAAAAAAAGUCAAAAAAAAAGACACAUGAAGAUCAGGUUUCUUCAGAAGAUUCAGAUACUUCUGAUAAAGAUUCAGAUAACAGUGAUGCACAAGAUGGUCCUUCAGAUGCUGAUUUUUGGAAAGGUCCUCUGCAAGAUGCAGAUGAAAAAUCACGAGAGGAAGAGUUCGAUGAAUAUUUUCAGGAUUUGUUUCUCUGAAACUUGAAAUUGAU